AUGGAAAACCGUACAAGAGUGACAGUGUUUAUCCUAGCAGGUUUGACUGAUGACCCACAGUGGAAAAUUGUGUUAUUUAUCUUCCUGCUUCUCAUUUACUUGCUAAGCAUCACUGGCAAUCUGACCAUCAUCACACUCAGCCUGGUGGAUAUUCACCUCAAGACCCCCAUGUAUUUUUUCCUUCGUAAUUUUUCCUUUUUAGAAAUUUCCUAUACUACUACAUGCAUUCCUAAAUUGCUGGUUAUUAUGGCAACAGGGGACAAAACCAUUUCCUAUAAUUGUUGUGUCACUCAAGUGUUUUUUGCUUUCCUUUUUGGGGCAUCUGAGUUCUACUUGCUGGCAGCUAUGUCUUAUGACCGCUAUGUUGCCAUCUGCAAGCCCCUGCAUUACACAACCAUCAUGAACAGUAAAAUCUGCAUACAGCUUGUCCUCAGUUGUUGGCUUGCUGGGUUUUUAAUCAUCUUUCCAGCACUCAUCAUGGGCCUGGACUUAGAAUUCUGUGCCUCCAAUAUUAUUGAGCAUUUCUACUGUGACACUACUCCUCUCCUCCAGAUCUCCUGCACAGACACACAGAAUCUGGAAAUGAUGGCAUUCAUUUUAGCGUUUGUGACACUUGUGGUCACAUUGAUAAUGGUGAUAACAUCAUAUACUUGUAUUGCCUUGACCAUUCUAAAAAUCCCUUCAACUAGUCAGAGGAAGAAAGCUUUUUCAACAUGUUCCUCUCAUGUGAUUGUGAUAUCUCUUUCUUACGGCAGUUGCAUUUUUAUGUAUGUUAAACCAUCAUUCAAACAAAGAGUAGCUUUUUCUAAGGGAAUUGCAGUUCUGAAUACCUCAGUUGCACCACUUUUGAACCCUUUCAUCUACACUUUACGGAACCAACAAGUGAAAAAAGCUUUCUGA